UUCAGCUAUCGCGCGACGGGACGAGACGCACUGGGCGUUCGUGAUAGCAGCAGCAGCAAGCGGCAGUAACGGCCGGAGCGCCCUUAGCGAUCACUCGGCCGCCGAAAGACCAGCGCAGCGUUUCAUUUUUGCUCCCCUUCUUCCCUCGCUGGCUUCCAGACCGAGGGCCUGUGACCAAAGGAGGGUAUGACGUCGCGGCUGCUGCUUCCCCUCGUGGGAAUCCUGUGCUUGGCGGGUACCAGCCACGGCCUGGACAAUGGGCUCGCCCGCACACCACCCAUGGGAUGGCUCUCUUGGGAGCGCUUCCUGUGCAACAUCGACUGCGCCAAGGACCCGCAAAACUGCAUCGGCGAGCAGCUGUACAAGACAAUGGCGGACAUCAUGGCGACCCAGGGUUACCGGGAUGCAGGCUACCAGUUCGUCAACGUGGACGACUGCUGGAUGGCCGACGAGCGAGAUUUUGACGGCCACCUAAGACCAAAUGCCACGCGUUUCCCGCAUGGCAUCAAGGCACUCGCCGACUACAUACACUCGAGGGGCCUGAAGUUUGGCAUCUACCAGGACUCCGGCCUCAAGACGUGCGCGGGGUACCCCGGUGCACUGUGCCACUACGUUAACGACGCGCGUACCUACGCAGACUGGGGCGUCGACAUGGUCAAGCUGGACGGUUGCAACCUCAACCCGCGCCUCAUGGACAUCCUGUACCCAGCGUACACCCAAGCACUGAACAGGACCGGCCGGCCGAUAGUCUUUUCCUGCAGCUGGCCAGCCUACCAGGUCGAUCUUGGAAUGAGGCCCAACUACCACUCGAUCGCCCGCUCCUGCAACUUAUGGCGCUACUACGACGACAUCUCAGACUCGUGGGAGAGCGUGCUUUCUAUCCUGGACUACUACGCCUCCGUCCAGGACACGCUAAUCCGUGCAACUGGACCAGGACGAUGGAGUGACCCGGACAUGCUCAUCAUCGGCAACUACGGCCUCAGCUACGACCAGAGCAAGGCCCAGAUGGCGCUGUGGGCCAUCUUGGCUGCCCCGCUGUUCAUGUCCGUUGACCUGAGGACCAUCCGGCCCGAGUUCAAGGAAAUUCUGCUGAACAGACAGAUCAUCGCCGUCAACCAGGACCCGCUCGGCAAGAUGGGAAGACGGAUCGUGUCGGUCAAUGGUAUCGAAGUUUGGGCGCGACCGGUGACGCCAGUGACCGACGAAGGCUUCCCCUCCGCGGCCAUAGUGUUAUUCAACCGCCGGCACAUCGGGGGUCCCGUCCGGGUCACCCUGCAGCUGACCAGCAUCGGCCUCAACUACCCCCACGGUUACAAGGUGUGGGACCUGUACGACCCGCACGCAAGCAAGGUCGUCUUCAAGCCGUUCGACGACAUCCCGGCGACCGUCAACCCGUCCGGAGUGGUGAUGCUCAGGGCCGAGCCAGUGCCCGCUCCCAGACCACCGCCGCAGCAGCAGCCAUCUGGAACCACGGCUCAAGGCGGGGGCAUUGAGGGCGUCGUAGUCACGAAGGGAGGCGCUGGAGGCGGUGUUGGAGUCAAGGGUGGAGCGGGCGGCGUUAAAGGUGCCGUGGGCGGUGGAGAACUAGGCAUCACCGGCGGCGGCGGAGCCAAUGGUGGUGGAGGAGGAGCAGGUGGCCCUGAGAUGAUGGGAGGUGGACUCAGGCGGUGGGGCUGGUGCCGGUGGAGUCAGCGGCGGUGGAGUAGGCAUGGGAGCCGGUGGUGCAACUGGCGUAGGUGUAGGUGUAGGAGGGGGAGCUGGUGGUGGCGCAGGUGGUGGAGCAGGCGGUGGCGUUUCCGGUUUAGUUUCAAACAUUGGUAAUGCACUCGAGGGGGCCAGUGUCGACCGCAGCCAGUAAGGCAGAAGAGGUCCUUUCUGUUAGUAGUUCCAAGGGCGGUACCGGUGCCAAGGGAUCUAAGGCUUAAGUGCCACAGCGUUCAACCGAUAUGUUAUAGCGCGAACCAACCGACAGGUAAACAGGUGAUGAAAACCUUUGAUUUAGUCUAGAAAAGAGAAUGCUGACGCGUUCUUUAACCAGUGCGCACUAAAUGUGUGCCUUUGAAUGUGUCUUCCCUAACAAAAAAGAAAUCAAAUUCGUCCCAGAAGAAUCAUAAAAACUAGAACUCCUGACAUUGUUACGUUCUACCACGUGCGUGGAUCAUGUACAGCUAUUAGCCAAUAAAGACAACAAAGGUUUCUUGUUUCCUGU